ACUCUGUGGACUAUUUACCUUUAAUUCCCCCUUUCGUUAACGCUGACCAGACGGCUUUAUAUAAUGACCGGUCACGUGAUGUCUGAAAAAUCUGUAAACGGCCAGAACAGGAACUGAAGAGGUCCGACAAACCUAUCCAUGAGAGAACCGACCGAUUCCGAUGGAAAGAAGAUUCCUGCUAGACAAAAUAUCCCGGUUUGUCUCGCGGAAUGUCUCUUCAACGCAGAUGGUCUCUCUCCACCAUUGGACGGAGAUCGGUUACAACGCCGCCUUUUGGACCAUCGUGCUGUUGUCUGCCACCGACUUCGUCCGACUGGUCCUGUGCUCGCUGUGUGUGGCGUUGUCGGCCGCGCUCAUCCUCGUGAUUCUACUAACGAUUUUCAACAAAUCGGAACUCAACAUUAGUGAAUACAUAUUUUUCGCCUUCUGGGGAAUAUUUUCAUAUUUUACAAAUUGUUCGAUACGCAUGCCCACUUCAGAGGAUGUGACGUAUGGCUCUCAAAUAUUUUCACCGGAAGCUGGUUCUCUUCGCUAUUUUGCCAUAUCCUUAAUCAUAGCAAGUGAAAAAGACUGUGGAUAUUUUGCAGUAUGGUUAUUAUCUGUUAUGGCUGCAUCUGUUUUACUGAAUUAUCUCCAUAUUCAGAUGCAUUCAACCCAACUGGAAGGAAUUCCGAAUGAAUACAGUGCAGGAGCGCUGUCUAAAGUAUUGUCAUGUUCUCUUUUGUUUCUGGUCCUCAUUACCUCUUAUAUCCACUGCUCCUCAAAACCAUUCUUCAUCAUUAUUUUGUUAAUGACAUUUUUUCGGAUAAAUAUUGUGAUAAAAUUGGUCGAAAAGAAAAUCAAACACCAAGAUAACUAUGACUUGUGUGGUAGAAUGGAAGUUUUCUACUUUAUAUUGUCAUUUUGUUGCGUAGGGGCUUACAUAUAUAUUGUCAAAUUUACGCACCUGCAUUUGUUUUCAGUACAGGUUUUAUUUCUUUCCAUUGAAACCGUGUUUUACCUUUAUACAAUUUUGAGACAAUUGUGGAUUUUAAGAAGCGAUCGACACAAUUUUUGGAAAAACACGACAGCCAUUCCAAAGUCUAAAAGGGGCGAACAAUGUCCAGUGUGCUUGGCAGACAUCUGGACAGGAAGGGUGACGUCAUGUGGUCACGUGUUCCACUCUGGAUGUCUCGCUCGUUGCCUUAACCAGUCGUCUGUCUGCCCUAUGUGCAGAAGUAACAUUGGUGCCAUCACGAAAAGUCGCUAAAACUAGCCUCAAAUUAUCUGUAUGUGCCAUGUUAGUUUGACACUGCAAUAUAUAUUUGUAUUAAAAUUGUUAUAAGUUGAUGAAAA